AUGUCCUCGGCAAACCCUUCUACUGAUAUGGCACCCGCUGCGAAUACUCCUAACAAUAUCUUGGAAGCACGAGAGACUCCCGUGUCAGCUACGAGACCGUACACUUCAUUCACAUCUCGUAGCACGAUGUUCAUUGUUAUCAUUGCGGGUUUUGCAACCAUCACAUCUCCUCUUACCGCAACAGUCUACUUCCCACUACUGCCUACACUAGAGGGGCAAUUCAGGGUAUCACCUCAGGCAAUCAACAUGACGUUGACAAUAUAUGUCAUUUUUCAAGCCAUAUCUCCUGCAGUGUUUGGGCCACUUUCCGACACCGUUGGCAGACGACCUAUCUUCCUUCUUACACUUGCUAUCUAUGCUUUGGCUAAUCUUGGCAUGGCAUUGAACAAGCAUAACUAUGGAUUUCUUCUGCUGCUUCGAGCGCUUCAGAGCUUGGGUGCCAGUGCUGCAUUCGCUAUAAGCUAUGGGAUUGUUGCCGAUGUCUGCGUAUCAAGCGAGAGAGGAAAGACGAUGGCUUGGGUUAGUAUAGCCCUGAACAUGGGAACGUGUCUGGGUCCCAUAAUAGGCGGCCUAGUUGCAUAUCUCAGCGGAGAUAUUGAGUGGGUCUUCUGGGCGCUAUUCAUCGUUGGACUUCUUCUAUUACUAAUUGUCGGAAUGUUCUUGCCCGAGACCGCUCGCAAUCUCGUUGGGAAUGGAGGUGACCAAACGGAGGGGACUCUAUGGCAACAGUGCUGCUGGAGUUAUAUUCGAACUGUGCGAUUGCUCAACAAAGAAGAGAAUGAGCAAGACCAUCGAGAAUACGAAGCUGCAGUUAGAGCUGAACCAGGAACGCUCAACCGGCUGAUAACGAGAAUUUCUGCCCCUUUCAGUAUUCGAAUGUUCGCCGCUCCCUUGCGAAUUAUCUUCUUUCCAGACGCCUUUUGGUGCUUGUGGAUAAAUGGAUCGUUCUACGCAGUCGACUAUAUCCUUGCCGCUACGGUUCCCAAUAUUUUCACAGACAUAUAUCAAUUCAAUACGCUACUAACAGGUCUAGCCUACCUUCCAAGAGGGAUAGGUAUCAUUGUCGGCAGCUACUGCAACGGUAGGAUGAUGGACUAUAACUACAAAGUCACGGCCCGCAAGCAUAAUCAGCCUAUCAACCGUGUCUCCGGUGAUAACAUACAACAGUUCCCAAUUGAACUGGCACGCUCCCGCGGUACUUAUUAUCUCCUAGUUAUAUCGACAUGCACACUGCUUGCUUACGGCUGGACGGCGAAUUAUAAAAAGCACUUUUCAGUUCUGUUGAUUCUGCAGUUUAUUCAGGGGUUCUGGAGCACUUGCUUCUACACGAUCUAUAACACAUUGUUGAUAGAUGUUUUCCCAGAUAACCCUAGCACCGCAGCAGCAAGUGCAAGUAUAACAAGAUGUGCAUUGGCCGCGAUAGGAGUCACUACUCUUCAACCAUUUGUGGACGCAGCAGGAUUAGGGUGGUAUUUUACGGCUCUUGGACUCUUUAGUGCAGUAUGUGGUAUUGUGGCCGUCAGUUUCGUUAGAAAAUAUGACGUCAACGCUGUAAUUGACAUGGUUAUCGCGAUGAAAGGAAAUUUUCAGUACCAUGGGGAAGGGCAGCCCGCGGGAAGCACUGUUUACAGCCGGAAUCUGGUACAUGUGCCAAUAUCGCUAGUACUUUUCAACAAGGACCGAUUUGCGCUGCCGUCGAUAGCCCCAGAUAAGUGA